CUGUGAUUGGCGAAAAAAUGACCAAUCGUAGACUGACAGGAGAUGGUGUGUGUGUGAGUCGACAUUAGUGUCACAAAAUGUUUAGAAAACUUUUUAUUUGUGUGUUUGCGCUCGUAUUUUUCUACUAUGGUCCUACUGACGCUCAGAAGAAAAAAGAGACUCUGCUGUCAGAGAAAGUGACACAGAUGAUGGAGUGGACCUCUAAGCGAUCAGUCAUCAGGAUGAAUGGAGAUAAAUUCCGCCGCUUUGUAAAGGCUCCUCCAAGAAACUACUCAGUGGUCAUUAUGUUUACAGCGCUGCAGCCACAGAGACAGUGUGGGGUCUGCAGACAAGCUGAUGAGGAGUUCCAGGUGCUGGCUAACUCCUGGCGUUAUUCCUCUGCCUUUACUAACAAAGUCUUCUUUGCGUCUGUUGAUUUUGAUGAAGGAUCAGAUGUCUUUCAGAUGCUGAACAUGAAUUCUGCUCCGACAUUCCUCCACUUUCCAUCCAAAGGAAAACCUCGCAGGUCUGAUACGUAUGAGCUCCAAGUCAGAGGAUUUGCUGCUGAGCAGCUGGCUAGAUGGGUGGCUGACAGGACUGACGUGCAGAUCCGGGUGAUUCGUCCUCCUAACUACGCUGGGCCUCUCCUGCUCGGCUUCCUCCUGGCUGUCAUUGGUGGACUGGCAUAUCUGCGAAGAAAUAAUUUGGAGUUUCUUUUUAAUAAGAAUUGCUGGGCCUUUUCUGCACUGUGCUUUGUGCUGAUCAUGACUUCAGGCCAGAUGUGGAACCACAUUAGAGGACCACCGUAUGCACACAAGAACCCAAGUACCGGACAAGUUAGUUACAUCCAUGGCAGCAGUCAGGCUCAGUUUGUGGCUGAGACACACAUUGUGCUUCUCUUCAAUGCUGCUGUUACCAUGGGGAUUGUGUUGCUGUGUGAGGCUGCUACCUCUGACAUUGACAUUGGAAAGAGGAAAAUUAUGUGUGUAGCAGGGAUGGUGCUCGUGAUGCUGUUCUUCAGCUGGUUGCUGUCCAUCUUCAGAGCCAAGUACCAUGGGUACCCGUACAGCUUCCUGAUAAAUUAGAUUGGACAAGCAUUCUUCAGCUUCAUGGCAUUAACUAGCAGGAUCUUCUGUCAAGCAUGGAGCUGCCCGUGGCUUCAAUGGCCUCAAAUCCAAGGCAUCAUUUGACUUCUGGUCUGACGUACUGUAUCGGGAUAAGUGUGCGUAUCUGUGCCUUUACAACCAUUCAUACCCAAGGUCCAGUCUACGUCGUCUUUGCCAACCCACUACAACACCUUAGGUGCUUUAUGACAAUAAGACUUUGGGGUUAGUUUUCCACUCUGAAUGUGGUGUGUGUUUGUUUGGCUGAACACGUAAAAGGACACAUCCAUUCCUUUCCAACAAAGUGUAACAUUGUGAACAGAGAUUUCUAAUGUGAACAAAUACUUUGUCCUGCAUCUCAUCAUUAAACACUUUCAGAACACGAAAA